GCGUCCGAGCCAAUUUGCCUUUUCAGCUCUGAACAAUUGGGAUGCACUCUUUUGGCUUGCGAGCUGUAGCUAGGUUCGCUGGCGUGUCAACAAGGACUAGGGCACCAGCACCACCCAAUGCGAGCUGGUUCUGCCGUGUAGCAUCGUUACAUACAGCGUCCACUGACAGGCUCACCUCCCAUACGCGUGCACGCGCCAGCAAAACACACAGGAGAUGGGCAACCUCGACAACCCCCCAGUCAUCUACCUCUGACCCCGCAGACGCAGAGGCAAUGCAGUGUCUCGAACAGGGAACCCAAAAACUCGAAGAAGGCGACGUGCAAGCCGCCAAAGCUCUCUACAAACGAAGCGUUGACAUCAAACGCAACGCAAGCUCGCUCUUUAAUUUGGGCGUGACUCAUUAUCAUCUCAAGGAAUUCGAUGAAGCCAUCACCGCAUGGAAAGAAUCAAUAGCACUUCAACCAGCUAGCGCUGAUGCUCAUACAAAUCUCGCGAGUGCAUACAUAAUUUCUCCUGUCUCUCGGCCCGACCUUGCUCUUCACCAUUUACAGCACGUACAUCCCUUUCAGGCUUCUUGCUUGUCCCUCACUAUUGUUUUCAGCAUCGCGGCUUCACUCUCACCCGAAGACCCUGAGAUUGCUUUCAAUCUCGCCGCUGUUCUGGAAGCCACUGGACAGCUCGAGGAAGCCCUCAAGCAGUACACACGCAGCAAGGAAUUCGGCGUCGAGCGUGCUGUUAUGCAUAUCCGCAACGUCAGCGCAAAGAUCCUGGGGCAAAAGAUGAAAGCUGCGGAAGACGAUACGAAGAAGUCGGGCUCGUGACGUCUAAAUGUCGUGAUGGCUCACCUGCAGGCUCAUGUAAGAAUAUGACUUUCCGCCUUUAAAUGUCAGGAACCUUCGUAUGUCGAUAUUUUGAUGUGCAGAUUGC